AUGAACGGACUUGACAAGAAGUGGAAGGAACUUGAACGGCUCACGGUCGCCCUGGAGAGAGAGAGAGAGGAGGCGGAGAUAUUUAGGAAGAAGAAGAGAGUCGCGGCGUUGAGGGAGGAGUUAAUGUUGGAGGGUGGUGAGGAGAUGAGGAAGGAGGAUGUGAAGGAAGAUGAGGGUAUCAAGGAUCAACAUGGUUUUAUUGCGUUUCGGUAA